CUCUUUUAGUAUUUGAUAUCAAUUUGCAAAUCAUUGAUCAAAAUGAGUGGCAAACAGUUGGCGGCCAUAACUCACGUACUCUUUGAUUUGGACGGUCUGUUGAUCGACACCGAGACCUGCUAUUCGGUGGUCAACGAUAAUGUGGCCAAAAAGUACGGCAAAGAGUUCACUUGGGAUCUCAAGUCCCGGUGCAUGGGUUUGAGUCCCAGAGAGAGUAUUGGUUUGAUUGUCAAAGAACUGGACCUUCCGCUCACUAUCGACGAGUGUAUGGAUCUGAUUGACCACUACUUCAACAUUGCCAUCAAAGACGUGGAACUAUUGCCGGGCGCCGAACGGCUGGUCAAACACUUGUAUGAUAUGAAUAUUCCUAUGGCUAUCGCCACCGGAUCCUCAUCUAAACAAUAUGUCAUCAAAACGGCUAAAUUUGAAGACUUCUUCAUCAAAAGCAAUUACUUUCGCCAUAAAGUGUUGGCCGCCGACGACCCGGACGUGAAGAGAGGCAAACCAUUUCCCGAUGUUUUUCUCGUAGCCAUGAAUCGAUUUGAUCCCAUUCCUCAGCCACACAAUGUACUCGUGUUUGAAGACAGUGAGAUCGGCAUUAGAGCCGCUUUGGCCGCAAACAUGCCCUGCGUUUGGGUUCCGGACCCCAGGUUUGAUGUGAGCCAACAAAAUGCCACUCAAGUACUCAAAUCGCUUGAAGACUUUAAACCAGAAUUGUUUGGUUUACCGGCGUUUAAGGUCAGUCAUUGCAUCUUUGAUUUCGACGGAACUCUCGUUAAUUCGGAAACUUUUCUGACACAAGCCAUCAAUGAAGUGCUCCAGACGUAUGGCAAACACUUGGACUUCGGUAUCAAAUGCAAGACCACUGGCCUUCAUCUCGGACUCAGCGGUCCCAUCAUUAUAGAGGAGCUCUGUUUGCCACUCACUCUACAGGAAUACACAGACCGUGUCAUCAAAACGUUUAAGCAAAAGAUGACCACCGGUUGCGUGGAGUUCAUGCCCGGCGCCCAACGCCUGGUCCAACACCUGACCCGCACUGGUGUCCAAAUGGCCAUCUGUUCUGCGAGCACUCAAAUCACUUUCCCCUAUAAAGUCAAACACUUCGGCGACUUCUUCGACGAGGGAAAGCAUUUCCAUCACAUCCUCAAAGCCGGUGACGAUCCCAACGUUGUCCGCAACAAACCCUACGCCGAUCCCUACCUCUACUGUAUAUCGAUGUUUGAUCCGCCGCCUCAUCCCAAGCAAGUGCUCGUCUUCGAGGACUCGCCCACUGGGCUCGAGUCGGCGCUGAGCGCCGGCUGUCAAGUAGUGAUGAUUCCCGACAAAAGCAAAUUUCCCGAUAAAACGCGAUUCGUUGGCGAAUCGACUCUUGUAAUCGAUUCGCUCGACGAGUUUGAUCCACAGAUAUUUGGUUUACCAAAGUUU